AUCAGUAUGUAAUUGAGCUUUAAACAACCGACUCAUAUUUUUACGGAGACGAUUGUUAUUACAAAAAUGAUUCGUUUCAAUUACUUUUUGGUUGGACUGAUCGGCUAUUUGGUUGCUGAAUCUAAUGCAGGUGUUGCAUCAUUCAUCAAGCCCUGCAAAGCAGAUGACAAGGCAUGCAUUACAGCCAGUUCCCAAGCAGCGCUCUCAACCAUGGUCAAUGGUAUACCUGACCUAGGAGUCCCCACCAUUGAUCCCAUGAUCAUUGACUCUGUACGAUCUGAUGGAAAUGACUUGAAACUUGGAUUCAGAGAAAUUACAGUCACCGGUGUUAGAAAAUGCAAGAUUCUAGGAAUGGAACGCAACACAGAGAAAAGUACCAUGACCUUGGUAGCUGAAUGUCCUCUCCACGGCGUUGGCAAAUACGAUCUGAAUGGCAAAAUAGGACCCAUCGUGGCUUAUGGGGACGGCGAUUUCGAAAUUCAUACUAAAAAUGUCAAAUUCACAGUUGAACUUAGAAUCAAGGACAUUAAAAAGAAUGGCCUCAAGCACUGGAAAAUAACCGGUUUCGACUACAGUUACGACUUAGUGGAAAAGGUUCACAUCGACCUGAAGAAUCUGUUUGACGGUGACGAGGAAAGGGCGAAGCCUCUAAAACAAAUUUUGGACACAAAUUCGAACGAGCUCGUACAAGAAAUCGGAAAGGAUCUUAUUAGACAACUCAUAGCGGCGUAUGUGGGGGCCUGCGAGAAAUUAUUCCUCAACGUUCCUGCCAAAGAACUUGAAAUUUCUAUGCCUUUCAUCACGCCGUGUAAACCAAACGAUCAGAAAUGCAUUCUGUCCAGCGGGAAAAAGGCGUUGCCUUUCAUUACCGCUGGUGUACCUGCACUGGGGUUGCCUGUCGUCGAUCCUAUAUUUAUCGAAUCUGCCAGAAGUGAUGGUGCCAAUUUGAAACUCGGCUUCAGAAACAUGAAGAUCACUGGUGUUACCAAAUGCAAGAUUAUUGAACUUGGACGUAAUCCAGGGAAGCAAACUAUGAAGAUGACCGUUGAGUGUCCUCUUACUGGAGUUGGUCAGUACGACCUGAAAGGCAAGCUGUCCUUUAUCGAAGCGUGGGGGGACGGCGACUUUAAAAUCUAUACUGACAAAGUCAAAAUCACAGUUGAAAUCAAAACUAAAGUAAUAGAAAAGAAUGGAAAGAAGCACUGGAAGAUAACCGGAUUCGACUACAGCUACGAAAUGUUAGACAAGGUCUACUUCGAUCUCAAAAAUCUAUUCGGUGGUGACGAUAAACGGGCCCAGCCUUUCCGAGAAGUCCUCGACCACAGUUGGAAGGAGAUGAUUGACGAAGUAGGCGGCCCCAUCAUCAAGCAACUCAUAGGUAAAUACGUGGACGUCGCCAAGGCGUUCAUGCUAGCCGUCCCGGUUAACGAACUCGAACUUCAACCAUAACUUAUCAAACGAAUUAAACAUGUAUUUUGACAA